AUGGGGCCUCCUGGAGCCCAGGGGAGUAAAGGUGACUCCGGGAGGCCAGGUCCACCAGGACAACCUGGACUGCAGGGUGUUCCAAGCCCUCCUGGUGCAGUGGGACACCCAGGUGCCAACGGCGAGCCUGGCAGUGCUGGGUCCCCUGGGCUAACAGGAUGUCCAGGGAGCCCCGGGAGUCCAGGAGCCGUGGGCCUGAAAGGAAGCAAAGGGGACACAGGACUUCAAGGACAGCAAGGAAGAAAAGGAGAAUCAGGAGUUCCAGGCCCUGCAGGUGUGAAGGGAGAACAGGAGAGCCUGGGGCUGGCAGGCCCCAAGGGAGCCCCUGGACCAGCUGGCCAGAAGGGAGACUGGGGAGUGACAGGAUCUUCUGGGGAGAAAGGAGUGAAGGGAGAAAAAAGUGAAAGGGCCCCAGAUGCACAGAGGCUGCAUGCCAGGUUGGCUUGGCAACGCCAGCAGAAAGAUGGCCUGUCUUCUCCAGCACUGACAGUGAAGGCUGGCCUGGCUUUGGUCAAUGUCCGUCCAGCCCUGGAGUCAGAAUGCCACAUGGCUGAGGGUGUUUGCCAGGGAUGGCUCUCCAAAGGACAGCUGAGUUGA